AAGAACACAGUGGUCGGAACAACUACAAUAAGUAGCCACGACUUUCUUUCGUACGCCCCCACCUUCUUUGUAAUGCCACCUGCGUAGAACCAGUUUUACUUGAUUUCCUCUGGAAUCCUUUUCGACAACAAUCCCCAAUCACUUUUAGUCAUUCUCUCGCAUACCUCGCCCCGUCCACAGGGACACGUUCAACAUGUCCGGGACAGAUUACAACUACGAUGAACAGGGCCAGUUCUUCCCCUACUUCAUCCUCACUGUAACGACCCUCGUCACCGUCCCGACCACAAUUUCCUUCUUGAGGCCGAGCAAAGAACUCGAGAAUACCGGAGCGCGGAUAGAGUCCGACUUCACCCCCGAACAUGCCGACCUCAUCCAGGGACAGCGCAAGAAGCAGAAGCGGCUCGAGCGGAGGAUAAAGCGGGGUCUUGUCAUGUUGGGAGGAUGGGCGCUUAAUGCUGCUAUGGUCUACCUCAUACUGGUUACCGCGCGGACUACGCCUGACAUAUGGGAUCCCUACGAGGUGCUGGGUGUUUCUAGGAACGCGGACGAGAAGGCCAUCAAGAAGCAUUAUCGACGACUGUCUCUUAGCCUGCAUCCCGACAAGGCUCGCGAGGACCCCGCAAAAAACAUUACAAUACAAUCAAUCAACGACCACUGGGUAGAUGUUACAAAGGCGUUCAAAGCUCUCACCGACGAGGAGAUUCGCAACAACUUCCUUCAAUACGGCCACCCUGACGGCAAACAGAGUUUCAGUAUCGGUAUUGCGCUGCCUCAGUGGCUCGUCACUGACGGCGCUGGCAAAUACGUUCUGCUCAUCUACGCGCUCGCGCUCGGUGUCAUUCUGCCCUACACUGUCGGAAAGUGGUGGUACGGAACACAGAGACUGACCAAAGAUAAAGUUCUUGUCGCCAGCGCGGGCAAGGUCUUCCGCGAUUACGACAACGAGCAAGGCGAGGUGGGCGUCAUUCAUGCGUUGAGCAGUGGAGAGGAGUUCAACGAAGUUCUCACUGGGCACAAAGCGGAAAACGGUCUCUCGAAGCUCGAACAAAAGGUCCUUUCCGAGACUUCCGGAUCUCUCGUCUCGCAAACGCUUACGAAGAAGGACCGCCAAAAGCUAGACGAUCUGGAGGACAGCCGAAGACGCAAGGUACUGACCUUGUUGUGGGCAUACCUUGGUCGUGUCGAACUUGAUGACGAGACAUUGAAUGACGAGAAGUUCGAAGUUGCGCCCAUUGCACUCCGACUUAAUGAAGCUUAUACCGCCAUCGCACUCGCAUAUGGUACCACCAAAGCAGUACUCUCGGCAUACAGGACUUCCCAAAAUCUCAUCCAAGCUUUACGACCGGGUGCAUCGCCUUUGGAACAGCUGCCACAUUUCACACCUGCUGUUGCUAGCGCGGCUGAGGCUGAGCAAGCAAGAUCACACUUGACUAUCCAAGAAUUCAUGGACAUUCCCGAUGAUGAGCGCAAAGCCCGUGUUGUCAAGUCUGGUCUUCUGUCUCAAGAUCAGUACAGCACAGCUAUGACCGUAGCUUCGAGGAUUCCACUGUUCCAUCUUGAGAAAGCCUUCUUCAAGGUCGUCGGAGAACGUUUCGUUACCCCCAGCAGCUUGGUCCAGUUCGUGCUGAAAGGUCGUUUCAUUCCAUGUGGAGCCACUAACGUACCCGAUGUAAACCCGAAGGACCUGCUAGAUAUUGAUCCCGCCGAGGGUGAUGUUGCGGCAAUUACCGGACGUAAGAAUGAUCGUUCUGGAGAGAAACCUAUCCAGCCACCUCUGGCAUUCGCUCCCUAUUACGCCCGCGACCACGCGCCAAGGUGGCACGUGUUUCUUGCGGACAGCAAGCAGGGGCGUAUCGCGGUACCACCCUUCACCUUCUCAACCUUCGACAAGCCUAUUCUUGAUGAGAGCGGUAACCCCACCUACAACGUACAGACCCUGAAGAUGCAAUUUGGCGCACCACCACAAGCUGGUAGCUAUACUUUCGUCAUGCACAUGAUUUGUGAUAGCUACGUCGGCAUGGAUACCAAGAUGGAGGUUACCCUUGUCGUCGAGGACGCCAGUAAAGCCGAAGAGGUAGAAGAGGAAGAUGAGAUUAGCGAGCCAGAAGAAGAUUCGCUGGCAGGUCAAAUGCACCAAAUGAAGACUGGCGCUCCACCAAAGAAGCGGAGACAGGCAAAUGACGAUUCCAGCGGAAGUGACACCGAAGGUGACGUUGAGUCUGAGAGCGAAACAGAUACCGACACCGACUCAGAUGACGAGUAGGGUGCUUCGUGUUUCCUGUGAGAACAAUACUCGAUCUCUUUGAGUAUAGGAUACCCAGCUUGUAUUACAGAGGCUACGGGUUAACGCCAACGGCCGGCGUCAAUUCUUCAUAUCAUUUGGGCCAUGGCUGCCAUAGGCAUUUCCAGGCGUUCCGGAAACAAGGUGCUUUGCAAUUAGGGACUUCUCGAUUUGUCCUUUUUAGACAAAGCGUCAGCACCCGAUAGGGUUUUAGGAG